GCACUUUCCAAACAUUCAGAUAACAGCUGUUUGCUGUUUGAGUAUUUUGUACAGUGUUAAAUUAUGUACACAUUUUUAAAGUAAAAAAUAUAUAAAACAAAUAUUACAAAAAUGGAUGAUUGCGCUGAUAAUUCUAAGGCAGAACACUUGAGAUUGGCAGCGAUAAUCAAGGAUUGUCAUGACAAUUUGAGAUCUCAAUGCAAAUUGAAAGGCAUGAAAGAGGCUUGGAGUGAGCAUUUACAAAACACUGCACUUUUGGAGCAAUAUUCGACAGCUAUGCACCGUUUAGCUUCCAUUUGGGAAACAAACACUACAAAUCCCAAUUUAUAUGCGCGCAGUCGUGUGAAAUGGAUUAUUGACUAUUGCAAUUCAUACUUUUUUACAAAUAAAGUUUUUCUCGAAAAACGUGAACGGGAACAACGACUGGCGGCAUCAUACACUGAUAUGCCAACAUUUGCUGCAAGUGAAUUGAAAACAUCUUUUACGAAUACUGUAAAUGUACUUGAUGUAGGCAGUUGUUUUAAUCCGUUUGCUGGCGAAAGCAAAUUUAAUGUUACAGCAAUUGAUCUAUGUCCAGCCACAAGUGAUGUGCUAAAAGCAGAUUUCUUAAAGAUUAUGCUAAAUAAAAAUGACAAAAUAGUCACCGAAGAUGCAGAAGUGCAAAGCUUACCAAGUGCAUAUUUUGAUUGUGUUAUAUUUAGCCUACUAUUGGAGUAUAUACCCUCCCCAGAGGAACGUCUACAUUGUUGUCAGAAAGCGUAUGAGCUUUUGCGUGCGGAAGGCAUAUUGAUAAUCAUAACACCCGAUUCACAACAUGUUGGCAAAAAUGCUAAAUUAAUGAAAAACUGGCGUUAUACGCUGGGUACAUUGGGAUUUUACCGAAUCUGUUUCGAAAAAUUGCCACACAUCACAUGUAUGGUAUUUAGAAAAACGCUUAUGCCAGUCGUAGCACAACGUUGGGCUGAAUUGCAUCGUGAGGAUUACAUGACAACGACCAUAAACAUACCACAAGAUAAAGUGUGAUUGCAAGCAUUAGCAUGAUUUGAUUGCAGGUUUUCGCAAUACUGAAAAGAAGUGUAUUUUUUUAUCUAAAAAAAUGGAAAAUAUAAAUUAUGUAAAACUCUUUAAAGCAUGCCUUUAUUUGUAAAUACAUACUUAUACAGUUUUUGUUUAUAACUAUUCAAAUACUAGUUAUUGUGAGGACUUAUAUUUAACUUAAUAAAUAACUGUGUUUAUGAUUUUA